AUGGCACCACCGGACGAUAAACACUUCCAAUCUUCAAAACCAGCCAUCCCCACCGCUCCUCCGCCGAUCCCAAAUGGAGCUACAAACUCAAACCCCAUUCCAAUCCCGCCACGUCAUCAUCCUUACCGGCAGCAACCUUACUCCCACCAACAACGACGGUGGCAACGGCCAAGCAACCGCCGGAUCUGCUGCUGCUGCUGUUUCUGGUCAAUCUUAAUCCUCCUAAUCACAAUCCUCAUCGCUUCUCUAAUCGCAAUCGGACUUUACGUCAUCUACCACCCUCGUCCACCGUCAUUCUCCGUCGCUUCUCUCCGAAUCCAGCGCUUCAAUCUCACCACAUCCCCCGAUUCCUCCUCCGCCGCCCAUCUCUCUUCCUUAUUCAAGCUAACCCUGAUCACCAAAAACCCUAAUUCACACUUCGUUUACAAUUACGAGCCGUUCUUAGUCUCCGUCGUGACUGAUCCAGACGAGAUCUUCCUCGGGAACGGUACGAUUCCGGCUUUCUCGAGCGGAGAGAAGAAUAUGACUUCGUUUAGAGGGAUCGUGGUGACAUCGACGGAGACUCGUGAGGUCGAUUUUGGGGAUGUUUCGGGUUUGAAAUCGGAUUUGAAGAGGAGAAAUGGAUUGGAUCUGAAGAUUUUGAUGGAUACGAAAGUGGAAAUUAGAAUGGGGAAAUUGAAAAGCAAGAGAGUUGGGAUAAGGGUUUCUUGUACUGAGAUUAAAGGAAGUUUACCGAAAGGUAAAGCUUCUGCUACUUCAAUGGCUUCCACUGAUAAAUCGAAGUGUAAGGUUGAUCUCAGGAUCAAAUUUUGGAAUUGGACUUUUUAA